UAUGGUGAAGUAAUAUAUAAGACACAGGCGUAUCCAUACGGCUUUAGUCUCCAUGAAGAAUAAAGGGGACUAGUUUUGAAGUAGUUUUCUGUUCGUAGAACUUCUAAAGCAGCUACCCGUCAAGGGACGAGAGGUUAGACAUCAAGAGGGCAUCAGACACAGAUCACCAGAGGUGAUUGAAAUCUACACUAUAGGGUUGUAGACACCAGACAUGGCAGCCAGAGGACCAAUAGUUUUGUUGCUCAACGACGAGUAUGGGACAUCUAAGGGGGGAGUCUCUACCAUCAACCUCCAGGCGGGCCAAAUGCUGAAAGACAAGGCAGUCGUGUACAGCACAGUCCUGCAGCUGGAAGUGCCGAAACGAGACCAGGAGGCUGCAGACAGAGAUGGCGUCCAGCUGAUCAAGCCCCACCAACGAAAAGGGGACAAGACAGAGCCCUCCAUAAACUGGCUGAGCUUUCAAUACCUGACCUACUACCCGAAGUCGGAUUCGAAGCUACCGCAACAUGUUGAAGUCGUCUCGAAGCUACCGCCACAUGUUGAUGUCAUCGUCGGCCACGCUGACAUCACAGAUACGGCGGCAAAAAACAUCAAGGAUGAGUACUACAGGGAGGCAGACCUGAUCAUGAUCACUCACGUCUUGCCGGAGGACACCGAGUACUACAAGGGAGGUCGGAAGGCCAUGAAGGCUUGGGAGAAAGAAAGGGAUAUGCUUGAUAAAGUCGACAAAGCAAAGGCAGCUUUCUCCGUGGGUCCACGGAUCUUCGACCACUACGACACUAAGUACAAAGGAGAGAAGAAACCACAGGAUCACUACAUCUUCCUCCCGAAGCCAUCCGAGUUGUUCCUGGCCAAAAACGUGAGACCCGGAGGAGGGCAAAAGGUCGUCCUGUCCAUCGGCAGGGUGAGGAAAGUGGAGAAGCAAAAAGGUCAUGACCUCACGGCGCAGUCUAUGGGAGAUGUGAAAAGGAGGAUCCCAAACGUAAAGUGGGAUGCCCGCGGCAUCAGCGAGGAUGAUUGGGAGACGAGCAAGAAGAUCCUGGAGGACAACCUGAACAGCCCCGAUCUCAACCCCAACCUGAUGUGCUACGGGACCCAGGAGGAUAUCCUGAAUGACAUGAUGACAGCCCACAUGGUGCUGAUGCCGUCCCGCUCCGAGCCGUUCGGACUGGUCGGCCUGGAGGCCAUCGCGGCGGGCAUCCCCGUCCUCAUCUCCAACCAGACCGGCCUGGCAGGGAUGAUCCUCGACCUGAUCAAACAGGGGAAGCUCAGCGCAGAGCACAGGAGCGUCAUCGUGGAGACCAGCGUGAACGACUCCGACCGAGCCGGAGAUGUGAAGAGGUGGGCAGACAGGAUCGUGGACGUCCUCACCUACAGCGACUCGGAGUUCGAGAAAGCUGCCAGGCUGAAGCAGCAGCUCGUGGCCUCCAAGUACUGGGAGGAAUCCCACCGCACCUUCCUGCAGGCCUGCGGCAUCCCGGCUUGAGCUGCAGCAGAUCAGUGAGUGGAUGCCAAUCAAGGGACACAGUGUCCGUUAGUGAGUUACUGUAAAUGCAUUUAAGUUCGCGGGGAUUAAAUUUCGCGCUAGCAGGACAACGGAGCGGAGUGUUCGCGGUAGUGCCAUACACUGUAGUCACAGACUGUAAAGGAUAAUGUUCGCGGUGGUUUU